AUGAAGUGCAUUCUUUCCUUGACUCUUCUGGCUAUCAGCCAGAUCGGUCACAUUUUGGCGGCUGGCCAGCAGCAGGUUGAGGCUUCACAGUCGCAAAAUGUUGCGGCCUCUGAUGCUAAGGAAAUCAAAUACGCUGAAAUCAUCCCGAAUGCGGAAAAGCGCGUUAAGAUCAUCAUGGGUUUGAUGGAACGUGAUGGUUUCAAGACUGAGUUGCUCACGUCACUGCACGGUGAGAUCAGCAAGGCUUCGAAUCAGCUUUUUGCGAAGUGGUCCAAGGUAUUGGGCGAGGAAUAUCAAAAGAGAUUCGAAAGCACAACUCUCAAGACGACGUUGCCAAGUUGGCUUCUUGCUGACAAAGUUAAGGCGAGCAGCGAUCAAGCUGAUGCCGUACGCAAUGCGUUGACUGAAGCGGGCAAGAGCAUCCACAAGCUAUUAACAUAUCUUUUUGAUGAUUAUGCUGAGAAAAUUAAGCCCAAGGCCGAAAAGGCGCAGGCUGCCCAAACUGCAGGAAGCGUAGGUGUUAGUGCAGAGGAAUCUCAGAUGCAGGAGUCUGCUCAAGAGACGACCGAUGGCAAUUUGUUAAACUUGCGUUUUGUUCUGCCAUCGGUUGCUGACGAUCUAUCUGCUUUGUAUGACUCGAUUAAAAAGAUGCCUACCACUAACGAGGAGGAGAAGAAAGCAAUUUUGGCGAUAGUAACAAAAUGGCUGAAGGAUAACAUCCCAAAUAUUGAAGCCAAAGCCAGUCUUGAUGCCGUACAAAUUAAAGACGAGAUGUCAAAACUAUUUGAUACCCAGGUACACCUGAGAGACUCUGUCAUCGCUAUUAAUGCCUACAACCAGCUUGACGCCAAGCUGUCUGAAUCUGUUGAGAAGUGCAAGAAGAUGAACUCUGCUAGCUUCGGCGCUGUCAGCCUGCUCUUGGCCGCCGUUCUCGCCUUCACCAUGUGGUAA